UGGUCGGCGCGGCGCAGCGCCGCACGUGUGCGAGCCCGGCGGCUGGUGGGAGAACCGGUCCCUGUGCGUCUCCACGCGGUGCAGCCUGUGCGGGUCGGCGCUGGCCGCCGCCUCCUGCGAGUCACCGCCGCCGCCCUCCCGCGUCCCGAGCCGAGCGCCCUCUUCGCCGCUCGGCCCGCGCCCUCAGGCUCCCGGUUUUCUUAAAUGUUUUCUUGGAGCCUUAAAGAUGGAAAUGACAAGCACGUCCCUGAAACGUGGGUGCCUUGUUGUGGAAGAUAAUGACAGUAUGACCCCACACGACGAAACAAAGAAACAGAAGGUGUCCGAGGGCUGUGUGACCAGCAGUCAGGAUGGGGUAGAGAAUGACGGUCUACACAGCAGUGAGAACGAGCCUGGGCCUCCAGAAGCUGAAAGCACCGUGAAAGAUGACGAGAAUUCCAGCGUUCAGGUGCAAGAGGAGGAGGAGGAGGAGGAAGACGGCCUUUCAGAAGCAGGGGAAGAGGAAGAAGCAGAGAGUUUUGCAGACAUGAUGAAACAUGGGCUCACAGAACUUGAUGUGGGCAUCUGCAAGUUCGUGAGUUCCCAUCACGGCUUCUCGGGGAUCUUAAAAGAAAGAUACUCUGACUUUGUCGUUCACGAAAUCGGGAAAGAUGGACGGAUCAGCCAUUUGGAUGACUUAUCUGUUCCAGUGGACGAAGAGGACCCUCCAGAAGACGCUCUCACUGUCUUGACAGCUGAGGACAGGCAACAGUUGGAGGAGCUCCAGCUUUUCAAAAAUAAAGAAACCAGUGUUGCCAUCGAGGUCAUUGAGGACACCAAAGAGAAGCGAACAGUCAUCCAUCAGGCCAUUAAAUCUCUCUUCCCAGGACUAGAGACAAAAACAGAGGAUAGAGAGGGGCGGAAAUACAUCGUAGCCUACCAUGCAGCUGGCAAAAAGGCUUUGGCAAAGGUCAGAGCUGCGGCAGAUCCAAGAAAACAUUCUUGGCCAAAAUCCCGGGGAAGUUACUGCCACUUUGUUCUCUACAAGGAAAACAAAGACACCAUGGAUGCCAUCAAUGUCCUAUCCAAGUACCUGCGGGUAAAGCCAAACAUAUUCUCCUAUAUGGGAACCAAAGACAAAAGGGCAAUCACAGUCCAGGAGAUUGCUGUUCUCAAAAUAAGUGCACAAAGACUUGCCCACCUCAAUAAGUGCCUGAUGAACUUGAAGCUCGGGAAUUUCAGCUAUCAGAAAACCCCUCUGAAGUUAGGAGCCCUCCAAGGAAACCACUUCACUGUUGUUCUCAGGAAUAUAACAGGAACUGAUGAGCAAGUCCAGCAAGCCAUGCAGUCUCUGAGGGAGACCGGCUUCAUUAACUACUAUGGCAUGCAAAGGUUCGGGACCACGGCUGUUCCAACUUACCAGGUUGGAAGAGCAAUUCUACAGAAUUCCUGGACAGAAGUCAUGGAUUUAAUACUGAAACCCCGUUCUGGAGCUGAGAAGGGUUACUUGGUGAAGUGCAGAGAAGAAUGGGCCAAGACCAAAGACCCAGCCUCUGCUCUCAAAAAGCUGCCCGUCAAAAGGUGUGUGGAAGGGCAGCUGCUUCGAGGACUUUCCAAAUAUGGAAUGAAGAAUAUAGUCUCUGCAUUUGGCAUAAUUCCAAGAAACAAUCGCUUAAUGUACAUCCACAGUUAUCAGAGCUACGUGUGGAACACCAUGGUGAGCAGAAGAAUUGAGGAGUACGGGCUAAGGCCUGUGCCCGGGGACCUUGUUCUCAAAGGAGCCACGCCCACCUACAUUGAGGAAGAUGACGUUAACAGCUACUCCAUCCACGAUGUGGUGAUGCCUUUGCCUGGGUUUGAUGUUAUCUACCCCAAACAUAAAAUCAGCGAGGCCUACAGGGAAAUGCUUGCUGCAGACAACCUUGAUAUUGACAACAUGAGACACACGAUUCGAGAUUACUCCUUAUCGGGGGCCUACCGAAGGAUCAUCAUCAGGCCUCAGAGCGUCAGCUGGGAAGUUGUUGCAUAUGAUGAUCCUAAAAUUCCACUUUUCAACACGGAUGUGGACAACCUCGAGGGGAAACCACCACCAGUCUUUGCUUCUGAAGGCAAAUACAGGGCUCUGAAGAUGGACUUUUCUCUUCCUCCUUCUACUUACGCCACCAUGGCCAUUCGAGAAGUGCUCAAAAUGGACACCAGCAUCAAGAACCAGACCCAGCUAAAUACAAGCUGGCUGCGAUGAACAGUGCAUCACUCAGAGAGGGGAUGCAGACCUGCCUCUGACCUUCUGUUCUGAUCUUUUUUAAGUGCUGACUCAUGUUUGGAAUUUAAAACUUUUGUAGUAAAGGAUGAUUUGUAUUUUGUAAAGUUUUUAAUCAGCUUAAAUACUUUGCAAUAUUUGUACACAUAUACAAGUCCUGAGGAUCCUAAUUACAGCUCAGAGAUAGAAUUGGGUCAGCAUAUCCUGUAGGUGCUUAGAUUCUAGUACAGCAUCAGCUUCCUGCCUUUAAAACAGGGAAGGGGGACUUGGUUUAAAGUUGUGGUUUUAGGUUUUGCUGCACACCUGAAGUACAAACCAGAAUCUUAGAAGUUUGUGAUGAGAUUACACAUGGUCCGUGUCAGAGCAAAUGCAGCAGACUGGAAAUUAGAGACUGCACACUUAACACGCAGUUCUCGAUUUGAUUUCAAUAAUAACAAAACAUCCACGGGUUUAUAAUCACAGCGUGGCUUUUGUUGAGUGACUGUGUUAGCUUCAGGUGAGCAUUUAUACACAUCUUAGCUUGCAGUGGCUUUUCUGGUUAGUCUAUCAGCAUCUUUCAGGGCGGUCUUUUCCUUGAUAGGAGCCUGUAGCUUUUCUUGGGUACAGUCUGAUUUUACUUUGGGUGCCUCUUACUUUCAGAACCUUUUCACUGGACUCAAAAGUAAAUAGUGGCCAGCCUGGUCUACAGAGUGAGUUCCAGGACAGCCAGGGCUAUACAGAGAAACCCUUUCUCAAGAAAAAACAAACAAACAAAAAGUAAAUAGUGAUCACAAAGGAAAUCUGGAAAACUUAGAAUGGCUCCUGCAGCAGGGCAGUGGUGGCGCACGCCUUUAAUCCCAGAACUUGGGAGGCGGAUUUCUGAGUUCAAGGCCAGCCUGGUCUACAGAGUGAGUUCCAGGACAGAGAAACCCUGUCUCAAAAA